CCUGAGGAGGAGCCGACACGUCCGGGAGAAGCCGGCGGCGGGGAGCCACCACAGUUAGCACGUGAGGCCGCGGGCGCCGAGGGGCCGGAGACCAGGAGAGAGAAGAAGGAGCCACUCGUCACAGUUCGGCCGCCAUUACACUACACUACACGUUGGAGGGGCAAGGUGGGCGAGCGGCCCGCACAGGUAGGAACUAAGAAUACACAAGGAAAAACAGAAGGCUCUAAGAACAUGGGACUCACUUGUGCCGAUAUCAAUGUGGGCUUACUGCUGGAGUUCAUCAAGCAGGAACUAAACAACAUUCCUGCUGUAAAGAGUGCUUUGCUCGUAAUUGUGUCAAUUUGUCAAGAACACAGCAGUGCGAGUGUUUAUUUUCAAGAUAUUGGUGGUUUGAAGGUGGUACAUAAACUUGCAAGGUCAGAUGCGUCCAGCUCAUUAAAAGAAAUCGCCCUGCAGGCAAUGGGAUCUCUAGCCAAUUGUAAUGUCCUGUGUCAGCAAAGUCUCUGUACUCCUGAGUUCUUUGAUGAAAUGAUGACAGUCAUAGCUGAUGAGGACUCCGGCGUGAAUUUGCAGAUGGAAUCUGUCUCCGUUCUGUUGUCCCUGGUUUCAAAGAACAGAACUGGGCAAAUGCUUUUGAGAGAAGUAGGCUGUAUUCCCAUUCUGCUAAAGUUAUUCAGAGAAACUCUCACAAAAUCUGAAAUUGAGCCCUCGAAUGGAAGCUUUAAGGAGAAAUGUUCCCUGUGGCAUGCAGUGUGCAAAACUCUGGGUGCAGCUGUCAGUAAUCCUGUAAAUGUGGAAAAUCAGAAAAUCUGCGGUUCCACUUUGCAGCAUAUACAGACCUUGUUGGAAGCCCCUAUGAAUCAGGAGAUAAUUUGUCCUCUUUGCUUAUUCAUUGGACUCACAUUGCAGGACAACCCCCUGGUUCAGAAAUUCUUCAUAUCUGUUGGUGGAUUGGAUAAUUUGGCUGACAUUUUUACCAAGCUGGCUAGAGAGUCACCUCGGAAUAUUUCUAGUGCUAAGAUGGCAGUAGCAGUGACAGUUGCCAUGGGUGUCUGCAUUGCCGAUAACCCUCCUGGUGGUAGAAUUCUAGCAAAGCAUCACGUUGUGCCCAAACUUCUGAUUUUGCUGCUUCUGGAAGGUCUGAAUUCUGAAGAGAAAAAUGGUGUUCUGCUUACCCUUGGGCAUGCCGUAGUAUCAUGUGAGCAAAAUCUGAUUUUACUGAUCCAGAACAAUGGCCUUAGCCUUAUUGCAGAUUCCCUAUCUGAGUCUCAUAAUGAGGUUAAAAACCUCAUUAUUUUUAUUGUGCUGCACAACUGUGAGAUUUUGGUUAAGAAUUUGGCCGUUCGACUUCUUGAAAAUGCUUCUCAAGAGAUUCUUGGACUGUGUGAACAAGGAGAAGAUUUUGGCCGCAUACAGACAAUCCAAAACACCCUGCCUGAUGAAACAAUUGAAAGAGAAGAAGAUGAGGAACAAGGCCCUGAAAUAGAUGACAUCAUUGGAGAUUCUGUGCUGAAAGACAGCGACCAAGAAGAGGCCCUUCCAAACCAAUGUUCUGUGUUAAGUGCUCAGAUUUGCCACCCAUCUGCAAACGCUCCAGAAGAUAUAAAUAGAGUGCAGGAGCCACCGAAGGAAGAAUAGCCGGAGAAUCUGUAAAGAAGAUGCCGAAGAGAAAGCAGCUGACAUUUUAACUACAGUAAAGAAACUGGGAAACCACUGGAAUUGAACAUCAUGGUCUUACCUAGGAAGGAAGACCACAGUGGAUCUGGCCUAUAAAUACUACUCGUUAGAGAAAUUAAGUGAUAUAUAAUUCCCGAAAGAGAUUUUUUUUAAGAAAGGUGACCGUUCUUCAUUUUAAGCAAGUUGUGACCUGCCAAUCCCAUUUUGUUUCACUGCAUGAUAUUCAAAUGGGGGGCAGUGAUGUUUCUUAAAGGGGUUUCUGCUAGCAUGAGUUCUAGAGACCUUUGUUUCACUUGUUCAAGAAGUAGGCUGAAAAGGAAGAAACACACAAGUAGUCACUGCUUUUAACUGUCUUAGAAUUUUCCUUUUGUUUUUCACAAGACAAAUGAUUAAGAAAGGUAGAGGUCACUAAAUGCUUUAAUAGGAUUUUUGAUGUUUUAAUUGAGUUUGAUUGUUAAAAAAUGUUUUUAGCAAAUUCAGUUAUUCAUGGAAUGUUAAAAAUAUCCUUUUGCCUAAGUCAGUGGGAACCUAACUUACUACAAAGGAGUGAGUUAUGUACUAGGGAAGAACGUAGCCCAUUGUUCAGAUACAGUUGUGUCGUCUCUGGCCUCAUACACUGAAGAGAAUAUAAGACACCUUUGAUCGAUGUGACAUUCUUUAGGAAAGUUAAAUGAGAUGCCAUUAUUAAAUAAAAAGGUU